AUGGGGGAAAAAAUGGCUUCAAAAAAGAAAAAGGCCCGUUCUUCGGGGCAGAGCUCUGCCAAUGUCAUAUCUGAUCCCCGAUUCGCAAACAUCCAAUCUGAUCCUAGAUAUCGGUUACCGAGCAAGAAACAUACUCACGUUAAGCUCGAUAAGCGCUUCUCACACAUGCUGCGCGACUCUGAUUUUUCCAAGAAUGCCCCUGUUGAUCGGUACGGAAGAAAGCUGGCACGAGAUGACACGCGUAAACAGCUGGAGAAAUUUUACAGAUUUGAUGAAGAUGAUGAGGAUAAGGAUGAACAAGACGAGUAUCUUGAGGAGGGCUAUUUAAGUAUUGAUGACGAUGACGAAGUUCAAAAGGAAUUACAAAGAGUGGAAAGGGUAGGCUAUGACCCGGCGCGUGAUGGUGGAUUUGAAUCUUCUUCCUCAGACGAGAGUUCAAGUGAUGAGGAAGAGGAUGAAGAUGCGGAUAAUAUAGGCGAGGAGCUCCCUGGCCCGGGCCAACAAGAUACUGAUAUCCCUACUGGAGACUAUACGGAAAGAAUAGCUGUGGUGAAUCUUGACUGGGAUAACAUUAAAGCUCAGGAUUUAAUGGCUGUAUUCACGAGUUUCCUUCCCGCAGGUGGUGCAAUUCGGAAAGUCUCAAUCUAUCCUAGUGAAUUUGGACGUGAGAGGAUGGAAAUGGAAGAGAUGGAUGGGCCUCCAAAGGAGAUAUUUUCUCAGAAUACCAAAGGAGAGGACGAGGACUCUUUAUCGGAGGAAGAAGAUGAGGAAGAGGUGGAGGAAAAGAUCAAAAAUUCGCUUCUUGUUGAAGGCAACGGCGAUGAUUUUGAUGCUGGAAAACUACGCCAAUAUCAGCUGGAGAGGCUGCGGUACUUCUAUGCUAUUCUGACAUGUUCAUCGAGAGAAGUGGCCAAACACAUAUAUGAUGCCGUUGAUGGAACGGAGUACAUGAGCAGUGCCAACUUCUUUGAUCUUAGAUUUGUCCCCGAUUCGACUGAUUUUACGGAUGACGUUCCUCGAGACGAGUGUACGAGAUUGCCCGAUGGAUACCAACCAAGUGACUUUGUUACCGAUGCAUUACAACACAGCAAAGUCAAACUGACCUGGGAUGCGGAUGACCGGGCGAGAAAAGAAGCACAGGAAAGAGCAUUCAAGGGAAGCAGGAAGGAAAUCGAUGAAAAUGAUCUCAAGGCUUACCUGGGAAGUGAUAGCUCUGAAGAUGAGGCUGAAGCUGCGGACGUCAUGGAAACUGGGGCCACACAGAAGCUAAGCAAGAAAGAAGCAGAGCGUGCUAGAGUUCGAGCCUUGCUUGGCCUUAGUGACAAGCCUGAAGCUGGUAAGAAGGAAGCAAAACCGGUUGGAGAGAUGGAAGUCACAUUUUCAGCCGGACUGUCGGCCGCCCCCGCAAAGGAAACGGUGUUCGCAAAUGAACCUGAAAAGGAGGAAACCACAAGAGAGAAAUAUGUUCGAAAGGAACGAGAGAGGAAGCAAAGGCGAAAGGCCAGGCUAAAGGCGAGCAGGUCUGGCGAAGGAACCCAUGAAGGAGAAAAUGAUAACAAAACCGGCGAGACUAAAGGGGCCGAAGAGGAUCUCGGUUUUGAUGAUCCUUUCUUUACCGCACCCGAGCUUGACGCUGCUAAUGCUGCCAAACAGCGCAAAGAAGAGAAGAGAAAGCAACAAGAGCAACGAAGAGCUGAGGAAGAAGCAUCUGCAUCUAAGAGGGCUGAACUUGAACUUCUUAUGAUGGAUGAUGAUAAGGCGGCACCAAUCGCACACUUUGAUAUGAAUGAGAUUGAAAAGGCCGAAAAACGGUCACGCAAAAGUGGCAAGCAUAAAAGGGGGAAGAAGGAUACAACCGAAGCCGAACCUGUGGAUAACUUUGAGGUGAACGUCAAAGAUCCUAGAUUCCAAAGUCUGUUUGAGAGCCACGAAUACGCUAUUGAUCCCACGAACCCCCGAUUCAAGCAAACGAAGGGUAUGAAUACAUUGCUUGAAGAAGGUCGAAAGCGAAGACGCCACAUCGAUGAUGCAGAACGCAGUGAUGAAAAGGCUGGCCAUAAACAAAAGAAAAAUAAGCAGAGUAAGUCAAGUUCAGCUGUGGCAGAUGAUGGUGAAGCUGUCAGCAAGCUCGUCGAAAAGGUGAAGGCAAAGACGAAAAAAUGA